AUGGACCAAUUUACCAAUUCUGGGUUUUCCCUUACCGAAGACGACGGCAUGGAGUCCUCUUAUCCCACGCAAUCAACCGUGAGAGAUGACUCUUGUUUUGCCAUGGCACCCUUCGACGUGUAUCGUGAUGGAUCAAGAUAUUCCGAGUCCCUCGAGUCCUCCGAACACGGCUAUGAUCCGAGCAACCAUGCACCAACAGCCUCAUCGGACACAAGCUACACGGCCAUGCACCCACUUAGCUCCGUCCCUCUCCCUUAUGAUCGGUCACCACCGCCUGGUCCUGUCCCCUCUCAAGACAAUGUGCUGCUUGGAAUCACCGGCGGCGAUCAGUCCGUAUUUGAGGCCUUCGGGAAUGAGAUCAUGAACGCAGAGCUGGGCGACCUAAAUGUGGACCAAUUUAAUACCUCAACUUUCCAUGAGCGAAAUGCCCAGACAAGUGCUAUGAUUGGACUGAAUAGCAUUUCGGCAAAUGUCCCACAGCCGGCAGGCGAGGAGCAUGGCAUAAGGCUGUCUCUCAGGGAUACCAAUGAUGUCUACAGCAAGAUUCUAUCCCGCGAGAAGCUAAGUUCCCAUGAGAUCCAGCAGACCAAGGAAAGCCUGAAUUUCCUGAGGGACCACUUGGAUGCUUUGGCGAAACGUCAGAAUACCCUGCCCCCGCCGCAGCCUCAAAUCCCGCCAUCGUCCACUGGCUCAUUGGCCGCCGCCAGAUACAAGUGUCUGGAAUGUGAUAAGUUUGAAACGGACUUGAGAGGAACCUUCACCCGCCAUGUCAAUGACCAGCAUUACCCGAAAUGCAUGUUCAUCUGUCCUCACUGCUGUGAGGUCCGGAAACCUAGAAAAUAUCAGCUCAGAGAUCACAUUGAACACAAACACAAGCGCGAAGUCACCGAGGAGGAGCUCAAUGCCUGCAAAAGAGAUUAUGCCCCUCCUGCUCAAUGCCCUCUCUGUUAUGUCCUUAUCAGUUCAUGGAAAGGAUUUGAAGAGUGCUACUUUGCGCACUGUUCAAACGCAGCAACGACAUCUUGUCGCACGAGCAUUGACCAAGCAACCACUGGAAGAGACGGUACACCCAGCAUCGACCUGGCGCAGCUGGGCCCAAACCCUGCACCAGAUCAAGCACCGAGUGGAUCAAGAUGUAGCUCUGGAGCUGGGGGCUAUCCCAUUUCCGUCUCGCGAGGGAACGACCCAGGUCCGUUCCUUCACCCGUCUAGAGGUAAGGCCUGCCCCAACCAAGGCAAUGCAUCCCAGACCCCAAGCAAACGACAUUCCACCUCAGGUCAUAGCCAUCCUGCUCUUAACCGAGCAGGGCUGCCUGAUCCCAGUGCACGGAACACGGGACCAAGGUCAACUGGGCCAAGACCCGCCUUGAGCUGCCGACGAUGCUCACACAAAUUCAUCAACUGCCAAAUGUGUCGCAAUCGGAAUGAAUCGACUCCCUUCUGCCACAAAUGCCCAGAUUUCUCGAGGAUUCUAGCCAUAUUUACGAUGGCUAGAGCCCACCAUGGACAAGAUAUGGGUGGCCCACCCCAGGGACAACGAAUGUUCAUCAACCCAGCUGAAACCCAGAUCAACCAAGGGCGUCAGGCCAGAACAAGUUCUAACCAAGCAAUGCAAGGGCAGUUCUUUUCUGGUACUCCACAAUUCAGAAGCUCAGAAUAUGAUCCCAAUGGCAGCAUAGGCCCGGGUUUUGAUGGCCAACAGAGAACCUACCAGGCUAUGCCCGUGUUGGACCUUGAUCAGCCCGUCUUCAGCGUGUCUGAGAUGGCAUGGCCAUCGUUGUUCAGUCUCAAGGGAAAUUCGCUCCACGGUACAUUGCUCGAAAUGCUUCCAAUGGUAGAUCUGGAUCCAUUCAAAGAGUGGCUAUGCAAGCCACUGCAAGGCCUGGGAUCAUUGGCUCUCAGUGGUCUUGACUUCGUCACUCAGUUUGACCCGCCUUCAAGUAAAAUUGCAAUGGUGAACCCGGACUGCCAGUGCAAGUGUGCUUGUCGGGCCAAAGCCCGAGCUGAGCUGGCUUCGGGCCGCAAAGUCGAGAUGAAAUUCAAGCUGCGCCCCGUAUAUCGUGGUACCAGUCAUCUCCGCAGCCGGGUUGAAAUUGUGGUGAAGCUUUUGAAACUCCGCUCAACUGUUACUGAGUCAAAGGCCAAGAGAGAAGAGGCCAAGUCCGCGAUCACGCAUGCUCUCGAGCCAACCCUGAUCGACCACACCGAGGAAAUCCCCGAAUAUGUUUCGCAUAUCUCGGAUGAGUCAGAUGCCGAGUCUGUGUUCGAUAAAGAUGACGAUGACACCGAUGUACAGUCUAGGUCCUCCUCCUGUGCGGAUCUCCAGACUCUUGUCCCCACCAAGUCGAGCUCUUCCACCUCCUCGGAGGAUUCGUCUGAUAAAUCGUUGCUGUCCUGCAAGAAUGUCGAAAUUGAAGAAAACAAUGAUGAUGAUAUCCUGAUCGAAUUCAACUUCGACCUGGGUGUGGCUAUUUCCAAAUUGGAGAAAUGGACAGGCGGGUCGUCCAUCAAUAUCUUCUCGGACAUGUGCGUCUCGGACCCUGGUCGACUGUUCGAGUAUCUCACUGCAUAUAUUUUAUACGUUAUAAUGUCUUUGGCCCAUUCGCGAGACCAUAGCAGUCUACGCCGCUUGGACAACUAG